AUGUUAUUCAAUAUUUUAUCUGUGGUUAUUUUAUUUGCGUUUGUUGAAAUCGGUUCAGCGAUUAGCUGCUAUGAAUGCAACAGCGCUAACAACUCUAUGUGUCUGGAGCCGAACAUUUAUGAUAAGGAGAGCGUGCAUAGGUAUCUGAAGACGACAAAUUGCGACACCAAGAUGCCCAGGGCUCAGGUCAAUGGAAAGAUGUUUUGCAGGAAGAUAAUACAGACUAUUCUCCAUAAAGGACAUGAUGCUGAAGUGCGCGUGACGCGAGGUUGUGGCUGGGUGAAACACCACAGGGACUGCUACAAAGCUGACAACGACGACCAUCUCGAGACUGUCUGACCCAACAUCGCUCCGCUCAUGAAAUACAAACACACACACGUGCUAAACACGCAAACACGUGUGAACCACUCACACGAGAAUGCGAAUGACGCACGGAAGAGGGGCGGGGGGGGUGUCCACGAAACGGGCGGUUUAUAUACCUCGUUUCAACGUAAUCUCGUCAUUUCAGUUCGAAAAGUACACAAAGCUACAACACCCUUGGGGACGAAUUCGCAAUUCGCUAUGGAUACGUUAAAUAUAAAACCGUUAAGUAAGGCCAUAGAGUGGUCUCCGGAAGCGCCGAACGGCGUGGAGGCUGCUCGGGAGAUGGCGGUGCAGCAAUCUCCCACUGAAAUGGCCUCCACCUCGAGCGAGGAGCGCGCCAUUCGCCGCGUUAUGGGCCGCUGGGGCGCUGAGUGGUUGAGCUGA